UUUUGCCCAUGCCAUCACACACCAUUGUCAACUCCCACCACGGUCCAUUCUGUAUUGUAUGUCGAUGGAUAAGAACAGAUAAAGGUGAUGAGAGGUUUUUGCGAGAGUAAUUAAGGAUACUUUUUCACCCUUUUUUUCUCUUCCUGUGUGUGUCUCUUGUACACUUGUUUUGUUGUAAAUAUUGAAUUACUACGAUGUCCGAUGAGUCUGAAUAUGAUGUUGAGCCGGAAGAGCUUGAUAUUUACAAGAGAAAGUAUCAAUUACUGUUGGAGCGAUGCGAGAUUUUACAACAGGAAAAUGAAAGAUUGGUAUACAGAGUCCAGAGAGUAAGAAAGCUUCUUCGACGCACGAGGAAAGAGAAAAAAUUUUUAAUCGAUCGAUUGGAUCGACAUGGAGACCGUUGGCGAGAAGCACCGAUGGGUGUGCUCGAAGAGAACAGUGUUUUUCAAACGACUCCAAAAUCGGAGAAAGGGGGGAAAGGUGGUUCCCACAAUGCUAAAGAGGAGAAACCGAAAAAGGGAACGAAGAGAAAGGGCGCGAAAGCUGAUCCGAACGCACCGAAAAGACCUGCUAAUCCUUUCUUCCAAUUUUGUCAAGAGCAAAGACCUCGUGUGAUGGAACGUUUAGCUGGGGAACCAGAGCCUAGUAAGCAAGAACUUACCAGACAACUCGCAACUACCUGGAAAUCUCUCAGUUCCGAGGAUAAAAAAGUAUAUUACGACAUGUACGAGAGAUCUAAGGAGAAAUAUGUCGCAGAGAUGCAAAUAUAUAAUAAGAAGACUGAAGAUACGCCGUGUCAAAUACCACUAAAUAUAACGUAAUAUUUAGAUUGUGGCUUUGCAAGGAUGACGAGGAUGACGGAAUAGAUAAUUAUAGAUGAUGAAUUUUACAGACAUUUAUAGAUAGCUUCAUGUAUUUGCUUUUAAUUCGCGAGCGUCUCGAUGUGCGAUCGAGCAUAUCUUUUGAUAUUGAUGAAUAUUGAAAACGAGAAUAAGAACCAAGACCGGAACCACGAACGCGACUGAGAAAUCGAGGUAGCUAGUAAAUGUUUAUGCAAAGAGGUUUGCAGCGCUACAAAAAUUAAGAAGAAACGUGCAGUAAUGGUGAUAACUGGCAUUCAGAAAAUGGAAUAAACGACGAUGAAUGAAUGAAUGAAUAAACGAAUGAAUGAAUGAAUGAGAAAGGAAUAAAGGAAAUAUGUAGAUAUGUACAAUAGAUAUUUAUUUCAUUAUAGAGCGCCACGAUGCGUUGCACGCACGCACAUACGUGCGAGAUAAAAUUUUCAUGUUUGUUCGGCCACCUUGUAUCUUUUUUACAAUUCAAUUUUAUAUCAACAAUGUAAAUAUUCGAUAAAUAUAAAAAGGGAAGCAUUUUGUC